CCGACGCGCAACUCCCGGUAACCAUGUCUCGCCCGACCCUCCUGCCCAUGUCCCAGUUGAUCGUCAACGACGCCCCGCUGCUCUCGCCCGUCUCGUCCCCGGUCGACGUCCAACACCCGCCCAUCUUCGAUUCGUUCUCGUUCCAGUACACGAACAUUGCGUCCAUGCCCACCGCGCUCAAGACGCACCUCCGGGGCAGCCCGGGAGCCGACGGCAGCGAUUCCGAACAGGCGACGCUGUGCCUCCCGACCCACCAGGUCUUCGACUUCGAGCUCAAUUCGCCGCCCGAGGCGCAUGACGACGUCGACGCAUCGACCACGCGCGGAAGCCCCGCUCCGUCCGCAGUCGGCGACCUGCCGACGCCCGUUGCAGGCGGUAAACGCGCCGCGAGCAACGGACCGGGCGGUUCGGGCAGCGCGCCCAAGAAGCCGCGUGGACCGGAGGGCAGAGUGACGACGAAGGAAUUCAUCCCGCCCGACGUCAGCGGCCUCAGCAAACGUGAAGCGCGACUGGUCAAGAAUCGCGCGGCCGCAUUCCUCAGCCGGCAGCGCAAGCGGGAGGAGUUUGAGCAGAUGGAGAUUCGCGUCGCGGAACUGGAGCAGGAGAACGCGCGGCUUCGCUCUGGCUCGCCGCAGGACGAGGACCUCUUGAGUGAGGUUGAGCAACUCCGCGCGCGAUUGGCGGCCGCUGAACAGCGGGAGCGGGAACUUAAUGAGAAGCUUACUCGGACGGAGCAAACCGUGAAGAUGGAGCACCUCGAGCCCGAGAUGCACUCGCAGACCAUGAUGUCGCGCUCGCCCAGCCCAGCGUUGCAAAACCCGACGCACCGCUCGGCCGCGAGUUUGGGCCUCAUGGUACUGCUUUGCGCGUUGCCCACGCUCCUCUCCGUGCAUCCCCACUCGCACGAUGGUGGCUCCAGCUUGCCUGCCCGGUUCUCGUUCCCUCUGUCGUCGGUUGCCGCCUCGCGGGCGGACGCCUUCUCCGCCUUCGUCCCCGCCGAUGUCGACCUCGACUUCGGAAGCUUCCAUUCUUCGUCUAUGGACAUCGACUCAUCCGUUUUCGCACGCCCAUCAAGCCCGAUUAAGAAAUUAGAGUUUGCGGACAUGGAGGGUGUCAGUGAGGCGCUCGGUCUCGGCGGCCUGGAUAUCUCGUUCGACGCAAGCCCUGUCGAGGACGGCAGGAUCCGUGUGAGGAUACACAAUCCUUCCUCUGCCUCUGCCGCCUCCGCCUCCGCCGCCGCCUCGUCUAUGCCCUCAAACGCCGUCAAGGCGGAGCCGUUCGCGCCAUCCAUGUCGUGGUCCUCUGACACGCUACACAACGGAGAUGCUGAUCCACUCGGUCCAUUCUUGGGCGUCCCGGCGUCACACGGGGACGACUUCGAGAUGUCAAUCGGUUCGCCGUUCGAGCAACACUUCGCGUUCGACUCCGGCUCGGAUUCUGGCGCGAACGACUUUGACGGCAUGGGCAUGGGACUCGGAAUGGGUGCUGCGGGACUCGGUGCGGCCGGUAGCGCCUCGAGCAAGAGCAAACGCCGUGUACGGAUUGCGCUGAAGAGCAUGCCCAAACCCGGUGGUGAGGGCGGCGAGUGGGAGGUGCAAGUCUGCUGAGCUGCCUUGGCCGGGUACGAAGAUGAGGGGAGGAAGAAACGCGAAGAAGCAAAAUUACGCGAAUAAAUCGGGCUAAUCUCUUGGAUGUCUCUUGUCCCUUUACCCCUUGGUUUCGACUUCGACAUUCAUGCCCUGGAGGUUUCCAUGUGGAAGACGGAGUGUGUUGGCUUACGUGGUCCGACUUGGAUAUGCUGUCGCCGUCCUCUUUCUUUCUCACCAAAAUACUCGACCAGAACAUUUCGAUCUUCGGUUCCGGCGGCUUUUCCCCUUAUGCAUGUUCUUCUCCUUUCGCUCUCGCCUUCAUGCUCUUUGAUAUGUGACUCGACCCUCUAUGCAUCGCCUCACAGUCCGCUCGUUGUUCCGUGCCUUCUUCAACCAUUGACUUAUUUGCGAGCCUCCGGAUCUGUGUACAUAUGCGCCACCUCCUUGCUUACGGCUGGCGCUCCCUCCUUCCUUUACCCCUUUCUUCGCUCAUAAUACCUUUUUCACGUCGACCCCGAUUACCACGAAUCUUUAUUAGAAACGCCACCCCCCUCUCAGCCUGGAAAAAGUACGAUUUUUCGAUGUAAUAUGGGAGGAUGGGAUUAUAGGAUACACAGGAUACGCGGAUACGUACAUAUAUAACGAACACAUCGCUUUCCCAUACAUACCGACUUGUAUGGAAUAGCGGCAGACAAAUUAUUUAUCAGGUCACAGACCCAUACCCAAUCAUUGGAAUUGCGUUGAGUCUGAUUGUGCCUUCAUCCUUGUUGGGGAUCCGGAAGGAACGGGGUAGUACCACCGGCGCGUCGCGUUCAAUGAUGUUCCCUUACCAACAGUGGGACUCUGAAUUCAAAGCGUACCAGGCCCAAGGUCUCCAUGUGAUAUGGCGUAUCCUGUGCGGUAGGCUACGCCCAAGAGUGCACGCGCUC